AUGGCCGAGGUCAAGCCAGGAACACGAGUCAGUAAGCUGGGGUCCGGACCAGGUCUGGUGACUGCGUCAGACCCAGCCAGUGGUCGCCAGGCCAAGCCAGGACGUCAGCCCACGGGCCAGGGCCCAGGUGCAGCUCAGCGGUGCCUGUGGUCGGGCAUGGGAAGGAGCAUGGCUGCUGCAAAAUGUUUACCUCCCUAUGCAAAAGUAGUUGUUAAAGAUAUUGAAAGGAAGCAAAGCUCUACACAACUUCUAUUUGCUGAUAACAUUCGCCUGCAAUCAGCAAUGGUAUCAAGAAGGUCAAGACUUCAAGAGUGUUCUACACAUCAAAAAAAAUCAGUUCAGAGCUGUGAUGGAGUAUCAGACAUAGACAGCUACAAAUCAAGCAGUACAGACAAUUUCUGUCUUAUAUCACCAUCCAAGAGAAACAGAGCUGAAAGUGUUCCCACAGGUCAACUAAGGUAAUCAAAGCUCUUCUCUUUAAAGUAUCAGUUCAGUGCUAAUUGGUUUGAAGUAUCCAAAGUUAUUAAACAGCAGCCAAAUGUAAUCGAUGUCAUAGCUUACAAAAAUGGCACAAGAAAGAUCUUUGCUAAAUAUUCCUUACCUCUUGCAUUCAUUUAGCUGCUGGAGGAGUGCUCUGAAAAGCUGAAUCUGAACAUGGCUGCACAAUGAGUGUUCUUGGCAGACGGCACCGAAGCACUAGAACCUAAAGACAUACCCCAUGAUGCCGACGUUUAUAUUUCGACUGGAGAGAUCUUUUUAUAUCCAUUCAAAAAAAUAAAAGACCAUCUGUCAUUACUGAAGAAAGUAUUUUGGACAGUGAAUGGCCUGGUUCUUCAUAAUGGUGUCAAGCAAAAGAAAACCAAGUUUGUCAUUUCCAACUACGUGUAGAAAAUUAUUGAGGACACCUCUGACAGAAUUUUAGUGUUUAAGAACCGCGCAGGGCAGGAUAACUGUGAAACUAUUGCAUCACAAAAUCAAAUUGAAAAGCUCCUCUGCUUGACAGAUGCCUGCAAAAUUCCAUCACACUUUUGUGUGGACCUGUUUGGGUCUUUAAGAGAGAAGGUUUCAGCCUCUCAGGAGCAAAGAUUUAUGUCCAAGGAGUUCUAUUGGCCCUGCACCAACGAUUACGGUCUGCAAACUGUUGCAAGCAG